GCCAGCAGUCACGCUAGGUUGCCCGCGCCCCACGUGUGCGCGGCUGGAGGUUUUGCUGCGGUCACGGCGGGGAGCCGGGGAUCAGCUGGAACUCGGGGCCGCUCCGGUCACCCGCUCCGGUCGUGUCAGACGUCUGUGGCCGUUUUGUUGUGAUAUCAGUUACAUUUUUUUUUCCCCCCUAUCGAUUCGUUUGCUCCGAGACCAUGGCCAAAAGGAAGAAGAGCGAGUCUGAGCCCGAGGCCACUUCACCAGCCCCGGAGCCGGGGAGCCCCGAGCCCGGCACCACCGGCAACAGCGGCACCGGCGGCAAGAGCAACAGGAGGAGGAAGAAGAAACAAGUCGCCAGAGUCCAGCACGCCGAGGAAGGAGGUGCGAAAGGGGCUGAGGAUCAGCCGGUCGAGGGGGCAGAGGAGGAGGAACUCACUCCCGAAGAGAAGCGAAAGAUCGAAAGGAAGCUGAAGAAAGAGAGGAAGAAAGUAGAAAAGAGGUUGCUGAGAGAAGCCGGGUUACCGGUCCCGAAGAAGGAGAUACCCGAGAGGCCUUUGGCUUUAGACCUGGCACUGCAGUAUCUGAGCAGGUGGGCCACAAAACGCGAGGAGUGGAGGUUUCAAAAGACGAGGCAGACCUGGCUCCUGCAGAACAUGUACGAUUGUGACAAGGUCCCCGAUAAGUAUUUUGAUCAGUUGCUGGAGUAUCUAGACGGGCUGAAAGGCAACGCUCGACAAGUCACUGUUCAGAAAGCAGAGGCUCUGAUGAAGGAAUCGGGAACCACAGAAGAACCCGGUGAAGAUUUGGUGACAAAGUGCCGACGUGCGAGACAAGUCCUCCAGCAGCUCUCGUGACCUUUGACGGCUCCCCCCACCGCCCCCCACACCCCCCAGUACCCUUUGAUCCUGAUUUUCCUGCUGCUUCAAUCCUUUAUUUUACACCAACAAAACCUUUCCAAAAAUGCGCUGCGUUUUCAAAUAAAUUAAAAAAAAAUAAGG